GACUCACAUUCCAUGCCUACUUCCGCCCCUCUCGCGAUAGCCUAAGGGAUAUGUAGUUCUAAGGGAGCCAGACGUCCAGAUGCUCUGAUAGAGCAAAAACUACAUGUCCCUAGAGGCAAUGCGCGGUGUAGGCGGGGUGGAUAUUAGACAGGGCUUGUACCUCGCGCUCCCUUCACCUCAAGCCUAUUGACCAUUGGAGCAGCUGGGAGAGGCGGGGAAUUACGCAAAAAUCCAACUGGCCAAUGGAAAGUGUGGGAGGGGCAAGAUUGCUAUAGCUGCGUAAUCACCUUGGAUACCGAAGACGCUACUUUUUGUUUGGAGAGGUGAAGCUUUGGAGCGAGACCCAGGAGGUCAAAAUCCAAAGAGGAAAAAUAAAAGCCUAAAUAAGGACCAGAACCAAGGGAAGGGAAUUGUGAGACAUGGGCGAUAGCUCCACAGACACGGAGAAAGAAGAGGAAGAGGAGGAUGAAAAGUCUAAAACAGACGUUGGCCAUGCCAUAGUGCCCACCAUCAACAUUCAGGAUGAGCGGCUCGUUGAUUUAUCUACAACCCCAGCUUUCCUCUGCCUGAAUGAGUUACACACUAUGGGAAAACUUCCUGGAACCAGAAUGGCAGAGUUAAAAGCCAAGUACAUGCUGCUGCACGACACGGUGAUGAGUACUCAAGAGUCCGAGGUCCAGCUGCUACAGAACGCCAAGCGCUUCACCGAGCAGAUCCAGCAGCAGCAGCAACACCUGCAGCAGGCGGAUGGUUUCCCCGAGGCACUGUCCACCGAGGUCUCCAAGAUGCGGGAACAGCUGCUCAAGUACCAAAAUGAGUACAAUGCCGCGAAGGAGAGAGAGUUCCACAACCAGUACCGACUAAGCAGCUUAAUGGAAGAAAAGAACCUCAUAUUGAAGGAAUUUGAGAAGAUACCUAAGCCAGGAGAAAUGGAGAAGAAGAUGAAACUGCUGAGAGAAAGCACUGAAGAAUUACGCAAGGAAAUCAUGCAGAAGAAAUUAGAAAUUAAAAACUUGCGGGAAGAUUUGACCUCUAAGCAAAAGCAACUGGUCAAGGAGCAGAAGGAACUGGAAGAGGUGUUGGAGCACCAGGUUGUCCUGAAGGAUGAAGUGGUCCAACAUCAAAACAUUCCUAUGCAGAUUGCAAAAGAGAUAGAAAAAAUGACACGCAAAAAAGUAGAACUGGAAAGAAAGAAACUUGUCUUGGAAUAUGAAGUCAAAGAGCUAAACAACUCCCUCAAGAAGGUGGAGAGCAAAGUCAGCGUUCUGGUGGAAGAGAAGGAGGACGUGGUGAAGGAGGUGGAAGGCAAGCGGGCCUUACUGGAGGUCAGGGAGCGCGAGUACCACCAUCUGGUCCGGCUGCUGGAGCUGACCCAGGAGAAUGAGGCCUCGUCGCUGACCGAGAGAGGGAUCUUGGACCUCAGUUUACGAAACAGUCUCAUCGACAAGCAGAACUACCACGAUGAGCUUUCUCACAAGCAGAGAGAGAAGGAUCGGGAUUUCCGGAAUCUGAAAAAGACAGAGCUCCUCCUGAAAAUGUCCUGCGAAGCCCUUGCGCAUACUCAGGCCUUGCAUCAGAGGCUGCUGUUGGAGAUGGAAGCGAUCCCUAAAGAUAAUUCCAUGUUAUCUGAGAGAAGGCGAGAGCUCCACAAGGAAGUUGAAGUCGCUAAGAGGAAUUUGGCCCAGCAGAAAAUUCUAUCGGAAGCUGACUCCAAGUUAGUAGAGCAACAACUUGCCGAAGAAAACAAGCUUAUAAAGAACCAAGAAAACUUGCGAAAUCUGGUGUUCAACCUUGUCCAUGUGAUAAAAGUCAAAACUGAUGAAAAGGAGCAAAAGUCCAAGGAUUUCUUGAAAGCUAAGCAAAAAUACAACAACCUCGUUAAGGAAAUCAGAUCGAAGGAUCUUGAAAUCAGAGUCCACAAGAAGAGAAGACGUGAAAUUCAUCGGAGGCUCAAAGAAUUCGCUAAACUGUAUGACGCGAUUCGAAACGAAAGGAACAAGUUUGUUAACCUGCUCCACAAAGCUCACCAGAAAGUCAACGAAAUAAAAGAAAGGCAUAAGAUGUCACUAAAUGAGCUAGAAAUUUUAAGAAGCAGUGCAGUCGCUCAAGAAAGAAAGCUACAAAAUAGCCUGCUGAAACAGGCCAACAGCAUCACCAUCAGAGAGAGCAUGCGCAGCGAUGUAUGCAAGAUUGUAUCGAAAGUUCAGGAAAUGAAGGAGAAGAAGGAAACGCAGUUAAACAACCUGGACAGGCUGGCGCACACCAUCACCUUGUUAGAGGAAGAGAUGGUGCAGCUCCGCAAAAAGUACGAGAAAGCUGUCCAGCGGAGAAAUGAAAGUGGCAUCCAGCUGAUAGAACGGGAAGAGGAAGUGUCCAUCUUUUAUGAAAAAAUAGACAUCCAAGAGAAGCUGAAACUGGAUGGCGAGAUGGAAAUACACAUCCUGGAGGAAAAGAUCCGGUUCCUGAAGCUGAAGAUUGCAGAGAAGCACAGGCAGAUUCACGUGUCGCAGAAAUUACUGCCGGCAAAGCAAGCCCUGGACCAGGAGCUGGCCGUGCUCCAGAUUCAGUUUUCACAGUGUACAGACAGGAUAAAAGACCUGGAGAAACAGUUUAUAAACCCUGAGGGUCAGAACAGAGCUCGCCUCCUCACAGGGAAAGACCUGACCCAAGAAGAAAUGAUCAAAAAAUUAGAUGAGCUUGAACUUCAGCUGGCCAAGAAGGAGGAGAAGUUACUGGAGAAGGAUUUCAUCUACGAACAAGUCACCAGACUCACGGACAGGCUCUACAGCAAAACUGAGGCCUGCAAGCUGGACACCCUGCACUUGGCCAAGAAGAUGAACGGCUAUCAGAGGAGGAUCAAAACCACUACGGAAAAGAUGAUGGCUCUCAUCGCUGAGCUGUCCAUGAAGCAGGCCUUGACCAUUGAACUCCAGAAGGAAGUCAGGGAGAAGGAGGAAUUCAUCUUCUCUUGCAAUUCCAGGAUAGAAAAGGGGCUGCCACUCAAUAAAGAGAUUGAGACGCAAUGGCUGAAGGUUCUUCGAGACGAGGAGAUGUACGCCUUGGCAGUGGCUGAGAGGUCCCAGGAGUUCUUAGAAGCAGAGAAUCGCCAGAUGCCCAACAGCGUUUACACGACAGCAGAGCAGCGCCCGAAUGCCUACAUCCCCCAAGCCGAUGGUACUCUUCCUCUGCCCAAACCCUACGGCGCUCUGGCUCCCUUUAAGCCCAGCGAGCCUGGAGCCAACAUGAGGCACAUACGGAAGCCUGUUGUGAAGCCCAUUGAAAUCUGAAUGCGUGAAGGGGUCCGGCUCCCCAGACAGAGGACACAACAAGGCUUCUUCACACCUAUGCCUGGAGAAUGUGCGUGUGACACUUGUAACAUUCCGGGAGACGAGUGCCAUCAACCCCAGGGUGCAGCGCGGUCUGGUGUUAUCACCAGCUCCCACCCUUUGCACUGUGUUCAGUAGGACGCAGAAUGGCCCUGCGAUUGUGUCACAGAAUUGCUCCUGCAAUUCCUUUCCACUCUUUACACUGAUGUUUAGAAACACAGAGUAUGCAAAGUGCUCUAAACGGGCAGAAUAAAUAAAUUUUCAAGGAGGUCCAGAAA